UUAUAUGUACUGUUUAUUCGCCCCUACAAUUAGAUAUUCGCCUCGUCCCCAUUGCAUUCGCGUAAAAUAUCAUCUGUACGGUGCGACAGGACGAAACUUAUCAAUCAAUCGAGCAAAAACGGUUAGAUUAGGGACGAUUUAAAGUUGAUUUCGUGUACGCGCGCUCGGCAUUUGUUUCGCCAGGUAUACCAACAGUCGUGGGCAAGAUAUUUUUCUAUCUACGUUGGCAUCGUAGUGCUGUAGAGAUGGCGUCUUCAAAAAUCGUAUCAGCUAAAAUCGCGUGGCUACUCUCAGGCUUCUCCUUCUCUACGGUAUUACAUAUAUGAUGCACGGUACUUUAUUUUUAAAUAAAUAAUUUUUAUAAACGCAGCGAAAAGAGUGUGUACAAAAAUUACUCCUUCGUUUAGACUUAGAAAAUGCGGACGUUCUGAUGCUGCAAAGUCACGUCUAAACAUUUAUGUGAUUUAUUUUCACGGAAGUAUGCCCAUUUCUUAGAUUUUAAUAUUAUAUUCGUUAGCAAAACAUUAAAGACCUUGUGAAUUUAUUCUGUGAAUUUGUCUCGUGAAUUUUCCAAGCAGAUCUAUCGAUCGAAUUCAACUUAAAUUUCUUUACACGAAUAUCAUUCAGUCAGAUUAGCAAUCAUGAAACGAAUAGAAGUUUUAAAUAAAUAUUAUAGUAAAUUGGAUUAUAAUAAAAGCAAUAAAAAAAAGGUAUCGACUAUAAUAUCUUCUCUAUCUUUGCUGACAGCAAAUUCUAAUUUAAUAAACGCUUCUACAAAAAAGAAAUUGAACUUCCUAGCAGAUAUAAUAAAUGAUCACUUCUUGACUUUUGCAUCCAUUGGUAGACACAUUGAUGUAAUUCAUACUAUUUUAGACUAUAUAAUUAAUUUUGCUAAUGGUAUUCAUAAUAAAGCCAUAGCUAGCACAUACGACAAAAACAUGUUAUUCCACACUCUAGUCAUUACACUCUUUACUAUAUGUAAAGAUGCAGAUAUGCGAUUUCUUAUGGGAUCUUAUUUAAUACCAAAAAAACCACACCAAACUUUUAAUAUGUAUUUAGAAUAUAUUCUUGAGAUGAGUGCACUAUACGAUCAUUGCAUCCAAAUGCAAGAUGGUGAAAUGAUAAUUCUGGAGGAUUCAGACUUGUAUGCAGUUGUUAAUUGUUUAAGAAUAACAUCUGAUUAUAAAUUACGUAAAAUAUGGGUGCAAGAACAAGUGAAAGAGAAAUUUUUAUGGCUGAUAAAGAGAUAUUAUCAUUCAAUUACAAAUAUACCCAUUGAUACAUUUUAUUCAUUGAAAGAUGUUCAACUCAAUAUAUGUCAAAGUCCUUCAAUGAAAAUAUUAUCCAUAUGGUCAGAAAAUAUUGUAGCUGUGAAGAAUUUGGCAUUAUUUUUUAAUAUGCAUAUGACAUUCAUAAAUACAUAUAUGGAUUUUUUUGGUGGUAUCGUGAUUUGGCCUCCUACAGAUUGUGACUUUACACGCAUACUCUUUUCUAUUCGCAACAAUAAAUUUCCUGAUGUAACACACAGUGUAAAUGUGAUACAUUUAUCACGUACUGUUGAAAAAAACGCUACUUCGAUUUAUAAUUUGUUUUAUGACGGUACGUGGCAAAAACCUACAAAGCACAAGUAUUGGAAGUAUAAUGGCAGUCUAUGGGCAAAUGCAACAAACAAACUUGGAUUGGCAGCUGUAGUAGACAGAUGCUUGAAAUGCCCAUAUCUCUAUGAAAGUAUAACGGGAUUUCGCAAUACAAAGAUAGAAGUAAUACAUACCCGUAUACCAAUAGGUGUCACCAUUCUUAGGGAAGAAAAUGAAAACGUUUUCUUUUUUCGAUUAAUACAAACUUUAAUUGCUGGCAACUCUGUCAUUGUGAUGUUUAGUCCAAAUUUUUAUAAUCUGAUACCACAUUAUGAUACAUUUUCAAUAUGUGGAGUACCUCCAGGUGUUAUAAAUUUGUUGUCACAUGAAGAUGCAAAUAUGCUGGAAAUGAGAUUAUGCUCAGGCGCAUAUACAGACUAUGCCAAAAAAUAUUUCUUGAAAUGCAACUCAAUAGAAACAUAUAUUUUACAAUAUAAACAGCUUACUAUACCAAAACAAAUUGUACUUCAAGUGUAAUUUUAAUGUUAUUAAAAAAUGUAUGAUAAAUUAAUUAAAAUAAAAUUGAUGGUUACAUAAAUUUAUUAUAUCUUAUAGAUAAAGGUUAUAAAAAUUCAUGCAGAUUAUACUUUAAUCAAUGUAUUUUUAUUUGUAUAUAUACACACAUACGUUCAAAAAAAAAUUGUAAAAUUUAAUAGUGAUUGAUAUUAUUAUAAAAAUACUUAAUAAUAUUAUUUGCAGACUGUUGAUAUUUUUUAAAUAACAUUAACAUUUUCUGUCAAUUUUCAGCAAUUAAAAAAUAAAAUGCAUUAUUAUGUACUUUGCCUCUUUCAUAUGCUUUAUUUGUACAAAUAAGAUGUAGUAAUAUAUGAAAGUGCUUAUGUAGCUUAAUUAAUUAUAGAUGAAUAAUAUGUAAAUAAAUAAAUGCAUACAUUAAUCUUUUUUUAUACAUA